AUGUCUAGUUUUCAAACGGAGAGUGGCAGAUUCUGGACACCAAAUUUAGUUCUUUCAAAUGAUGCUGAAAUGAUGGAUAAAAUUGGGACAGAAUGGAGGCAUACGCGUUUCUGUGCUAAUGGCUCAGCGCAUUAUAUCCCAAACGAGAACGGUGCUUGGAAAUACAUGUAUAUAGAUUCAAGAAUAAAGAGUUUCACUACGCCUGAUUAUUCAAGCAUACAUGUGUUUUUACUCUUUAAAAGAAAGCCUCGUUUUGCCAUCGUUAAUGUGAUAGUACCAACUAUCUUCAUGUCGUUUUUGAGCAUUUUUGUGUUCCUUAUACCAUCUAAUAGCGGCGAAAGAAUCUCAUAUACUAUAACACUACUUCUUGCAAUUGCCGUGUUUCUUACAUUGGUUGGUGAAAAUCUACCUAAGAAUUCAAACCCAAUGGCAUAUAUUAGCUAUUAUCUGAUUGGCAUGUUAACAGAAAGUAUACGUGUAAUACUGGCAACAAUUUUCAGUCUGCAGUUAUAUUAUGCAGAUGACAGUGAAUCAGUGCCCGGAUGCUUGACAAAACUAGUCACGUGGUGUAGAAAAAAGAAGAACCCGAGACACAUAGACUCUUUUCAUUGGCUCCCAAACACGAAUAUAAACAGUGUUUAUAUACCAAAUGAAGAGACGGAGAUCGAAGGUCAUGGCAGAAUAAAUGGACAAGUGUCAACCAUACAUCACAACCUAGGAAAACGCAAACACAUCACAAUGGCAGUGUAUUCGAAAGAUGUCGACAACAAAGAUAAAGACAACGAAAUUAAUAUCACAUUGAAAGAUGCCAGUGAUGUCGUUGACAUAGCUUUCUUUAUUUUCUUUUUGUUAUAUUUGUUAUAA